AUGCUAAGACCAAAAGGCCUUCGAGGAGAGAAGGGCAACCCAGGUGGCAGAGGCCAGAAGGGUGAGGUCGGCUUACAGGGUCCCCGCGGUUACAAGGGCGAAUUAGGCCCCAGUGGAUCAGUCGGUAGCAAAGGUGACGUCGGGAAGACAGGCGGACUGGGAAUCAUUGGACAUCCUGGGCCUAAAGGUAUCAAAGGCGACAUUGGCGCACCUGGUGCCGUCGGUAUGAUGGGCCCAAUGGGCGACAAAGGUGAUGUCGGACCCCCUGGACCUACUGGCAAGAGAGGUGAUCGGGGCCCAAAAGGAGUGCGAGGAGCGAUAGGACUUCCUGGUCCGACUGGACCGGAUGGUGAGAAAGGUCCGCCAGGGCCUGCUGGAAGCCGAGGUCAGGAUGGCGAAAAGGGCGACAUGGGGGCUCCUGGCCAGUCAGGGGAUAUGGGCGAGCAGGGGCCACGCGGAGUGCCGGGGAUGCGAGGCCCUCAGGGAAAAGUCGGCCCUCCCGGAGAGAAAGGAGACGCCGGAGGGCUAGGACCUGUGGGACCACCUGGUCCAAUCGGCGAAGAGGGUCCUCCGGGCCAGGCUGGGCCUCCAGGAUUGAUGGGACUCUCGGUAAACUUGGAUCUAAAUGUUAUUAUUAUUGCAAUAGAUUACAUAUAA